GUUUUCUUCAUCUUUGAUAUCACUUCAAAAUCAAAAGGCAGUUUAGAAAUAAAGUGUAGCUUUGAAGAUGCUGAGAAAUUGGGUGAAUCCUAAUGGAGUUGCUGCCCUUCUAACUCAAUUUCAACUGCUGCUUCAAUUCCCUCCAAAUAAUCUCUUCUUCUGGUGCAUCAUCACAUCUCAAACCCAGUUUUAAAGAGUGUGUAGGUGCUCACCCUAUUGGCCUGGCAACGUGCGCAUUAUUUCGAUCACGCAUUCGCAAUGACUCCCAACAUUGAUCCCUCAUUUGCGCAACGCAAGUCAUUGUGAAUGUGUGUUCGAAAAAAUGUGCACUUUAGUGAUAGUAUGCUGCAGAUUCUUCUGAGUUUUUCAAACACUCCUCCAAAUCUAUGAUAAGUCUGUCACACAAUGUUCGGGGGAAAUAAGGAGCAAUUGCAGAAAUGUCAACUGAAAAAGAAAUUGUAAAAGGAAUAUAGCUACCAUUUUCAUUACCAUUAUCUGCCUCAUUUCACAACUUUGUCAAUAGCUUUUAGCUUCUUUCACAUCACUCCUGCAGAACAUUGGUAAACUUAUCCAUGGCUGAAGCUUGUUCCCUUUUACUUCUGCUUGUCUUUGUUCUCUCUGGUGCACCUGUUGAAGGCCGCCAUGGGAGUAAACUCUCUCAGAAUUACUACAAAUCCACUUGUCCCGAAGUAUUCUCCAUUGUCCAAGCUGAAGUUGAAGCCGCUUUAAACAAGGAACGACGCAUGGGGGCAUCUUUGCUCCGCUUGCAUUUCCAUGACUGCUUUGUUAAUGGUUGCGAUGGAUCAAUUUUGUUGGAUGACAAUGCAACAUUCAUCGGUGAGAAAACCGCACCGCCAAACGUAAACUCGACCAGAGGAUUCAACGUUGUCGACGACAUCAAAGCUCGACUGGAGGAUGCAUGUCCAGGAGUAGUUUCUUGUGCAGAUAUUCUGGCAAUCGCAGCACGAGACUCAACUGUCAUACUAGGAGGUCCUUCAUGGAAAGUUAAGCUAGGGAGAAAGGACGCAACCACUGCUAGCAAUGCUGCUGCAACAGAGUUCAUCCCUAGACCGAACCUGAAUAUUAGUGCUCUUGUUUCAAGCUUUGAUGCUCAAGGACUCUCAUUGAAAGAUUUGGUGGCACUUUCAGGUGCUCACACUAUUGGCCUGGCAAAAUGCGAAACAUUUAGAGCACACAUUCACAAUGACUCCAACAUUGAUCCCACAUUUGCCAAGUCCCUGCAACGCAAGUGCCCCAGAGCCGGAAAAGAUAAUAUUCACCAACAGCUUGACUUACAGACUCCAACGUCUUUCGACAAUUCUUACUUUAAGAAUUUGUUGAAGAAGAAGGGUCUUCUCCGCUCCGAUCAAGAGCUCUUUAGUGGAACCUCUGCUGAUUCUUUGGUUAAGAAGUAUGCUGCAGAUUCUUCUGAGUUUUUCAAACACUUCUCCAAAUCUAUGAUCAAGUUGGGUAAUAUCAAGCCUAUCACGGGAAGUUCUGGUAAAAUUAGGAUCAAUUGCAGAAAAGUCAACUGAAAAAGAAAUUGUAAAAGGA